CGCUGACCCGCAAGCAGAAUGUCGACGUUGACCAGCACGGACAUGGGGGAGCUCAAGCGCCCCACCACGCGUGUGCACGCUCCCCCUGGCGGUGGAUCCAGCUGGAGCUUCGGCGGCGAUCCAGUUCCUGCUCCCACGGGCCGCAAGCGCUUCAACCAGCCGCAAGCUCAGGCCCAGCAGGACACCAAGAUGGAAUCCCCCCGCGCAGCUCCUGCCCCUCUAGCAGAUGCAGUGCCAGUCCAAACUUCUACUCGAGUUCCAGAGGGAGCUGUGCGCGUUGCACUGCUUAAAACUAGCAGCGACGCCGAGCUCGUGGACCGCGUGGUGCAGAAUUGCUUCGAGAAGCUUGAGACUCAGUCCGUGAGCUCCGAGACCUUCACAGUCGCGUCGCUGGAGCAGCUGCCGUACGCGGCCAAUAAGUUGACGGAGUUCGGCGGCUUUGAUGGCGUCAUCUGCUUUGGCUUUCUAAACACGCAAGAUCCGCAAUUCCCAGCCCUCAGUGCGGCACUGACGCAGAGCUUCAUCGACAUCAGUGUCAAGAACGUCCGUCCCGUUGUUCGCGCUGUGUUUGCUGGGGAACCUCGUGUGGCAUCGGUCAAAGUGAAAGGAGGCUGGGGCGCGGAGUUCGCGGACGGCGUUGUGUCGUUGAUUCAACUCGGUGGAUUCAAGGGAUCCAAGUAAGAAAUGCAGGUACAGAGGCAGUGAAGUUGCGCUGUCGCUGACCGAUCCAGCUAACAACCUCAAAGGAAUCAAUUUAAAAGCUAC